GCCGGCCGUUUUUGCUCGCCUUCGUUCCUCUGGACGACUGAAUUGCCACGGGGGUCGAAAAUUAUAAAUCUGGGGAUCAUACAGCAUGCAGUCGGCGAUUGAGAUUUGAGAUGACCCUUAGUUCCUAUCCCUCAUAUACAAUGUCAGCACUCCGACUUUCGAGCCUGUGAGCUCCAUCUUGAAUUCUUUGAUCGCAGAAUCCCGACAUCUCCCUGAUCCCUGCACUCCUCUCUGACUGCUCCUCCAUACUUUGUUGGACAUCGUCUUCAUAGUCCCAGCAAAGUCUUUCGAUCCAGAGCAGUCCAACUUACUUUUGAGAGAACCGAUGGAGCAUCCUCCGCCAGGUCCGAAACCAAAGUCGGGCGUCAAUCCUCGCUUCCUCAAUGGCCAUUCCUCCUUGAACCCCUCCUCUCCGCUCGACGCCCGCGACGUAAAAGAACGGGAAAAUCUAUUUGCGGCGAUUAAAAAUUCGAGCACGACGCGACACGCCGUGGAAUUCAAUGAGCCUGCCAGAGACGCGAGGGAUGAGCCAGUGCUUCCGACACAGGUGGCGAGCCGUCCGGAGAGCCCGUUUACUCAGCAUCCAACAAUCGACUUCGAUGGUCUCAGCUGGCCCAGCAUCGGGACCCGAAAUCGUCUUGAGGCCAGUCCAGAGGAGGAUGUCGAGCGGAUGCAGAAGCUCUCUGGGGCCGUGCGGACGAUUCUGGAGUGCAUCGGCGAAGACCCGGAGCGCGAGGGGCUCCACAAGACGCCCAUGCGGUAUGCGGAGGCCAUGAUGUUCUUCACGAAGGGCUACGAGGAGAACCUUCGGGACAUCGUCAACGGGGCGGUGUUUCAGGAAGACCACGACGAGCUGGUCAUCGUCAAGGACAUCCAGGUCUUCUCGCUUUGCGAGCACCACCUGGUCCCCUUUACAGGAAAGAUGCAUAUCGGGUACAUCCCCAAUCGCCGAGUCAUCGGCCUCUCGAAGAUCGCACGUAUCGCCGAGAUGUUUUCGCGACGGCUUCAGGUCCAAGAGCGGCUAACCAAACAGGUUGCGCUCGCCCUGUCGGAAAUCCUUCAGCCCCUGGGGGUGGCCGUGGUAAUGGAGUCGAGUCACCUGUGCAUCGAAAUGCGUGGAGUGCAGAAGACCGGGUCGACCACGACAACCAGCUGCAUGCUUGGCAGGAUGCGGUCGACGGCGAAGACGAGGGAGGAGUUUUUGAACCUCCUCAACCGAAGAUAGUAGAUGCACUCUGCGAUUGCGUUGGCUGUUUGAAAACAUUACGUGACGGCGUUUGGUUGAUCAUCACCUCUCGAAAGAGGGGGGCAGAUAAGCUUAUAGUGGACAGAACCAGAAGGGGAAUUCUGCAUCCAGCUCGACCGCUUGUACUGUAGGUUGAUAUUGCUGACUUUACAGCCUUUCAACAGGCAAAUCACUGUAUAAGAAUUAACUUCGAACACUUAAUAAAAGGGAGAAUUCUUCUGUAACGAG